GGGGGAAGAAAGGGGGUUUUGUGCGGCGCCGGGCCGGCGCCCUCUUCCGAGCAUCCUGCGGGCCAGCCUCUGCUGGCGCCCGCGCAGUACCCGCCGCAGUCUCCGCUGCAGCUGCAGGACCGAGCCGUGGACCCGGCGGAGACCCCCGGAGAAGGCGACAAACUCCGCGGUGCCGAACCCCAACCCCAGCCCUCGGCCGCACGCCAGUAGUUCAGGUUAUACCUGGGAGGCGUUUACCAAGAGGCCCUGCGUGGGUACCACUCCUGCUUUCCUUCCUAGAACGGCCAGGAGCUGGAACUCUCUCCCCCCAGUCCCCCCGUCAGUCUGCAGCAUGGCCUCACAGUUCCUGUCCCUGCUGGCAGCCUUGACCCUGGCUGGGGUCCCUGAGGCCUUCACUGAUGCUCUGGAAAGGGACAGCUCAGAGGACCGGGCCUUCAGCGUGCGCAUCGCCGGCGCCCCGCCGCUGCAGGGCGUGCUGGGCGGUACCCUCACCAUCCCCUGCCACGUCCACUACUCGCGGCCGCCGUCCGGCCGCCGGGCGGUGCUGGGCUCCCCGCGGGUCAAGUGGACCUUCCUGUCCGGGGGCCGGGAGGCCGAGGUGCUGGUGGCGCGGGGGCUGCGGGUCAAGGUGAGCGAGGCCUACCGGUUCCGCGUGGCGCUGCCCGCCUACCCGGCGUCACUCACCGACGUCUCCCUGGCGCUGGGUGAGCUGAGGCCCAACGACUCAGGCAUCUACCGCUGCGAGGUCCAGCACGGCAUCGACGACAGCAGCGAUGCUGUGGAGGUCAAGGUCAAAGGGGUCGUCUUUCUCUACCGGGAGGGCUCUGCCCGCUACGCCUUCUCCUUCACCGGGGCCCAGGAGGCCUGUGCGCGCAUCGGCGCCCGCAUCGCCACCCCGGAGCAGCUCUAUGCGGCCUAUCUUGGGGGCUAUGAGCAGUGUGAUGCUGGCUGGCUGUCCGACCAGACUGUGAGGUAUCCCAUCCAGACUCCGCGAGAGGCCUGUUACGGAGACAUGGAUGGCUUCCCUGGUGUCCGAAACUAUGGCGUGGUGGACCCGAGUGACCUCUAUGACGUCUACUGCUAUGCUGAAGACCUAAAUGGAGAGCUGUUCCUGGGUGCCCCCCCAGACAAGCUGACAUUGGAGGAGGCACGGGCAUACUGCCAGGAGCGAGGAGCAGAGAUCGCCACCACGGGCCAGCUAUAUGCAGCCUGGGAUGGUGGCUUGGACCGCUGCAGCCCAGGCUGGCUGGCCGAUGGCAGCGUGCGCUACCCCAUCAUCACACCCAGCCAGCGCUGUGGUGGGGGUCUGCCCGGGGUCAAGACUCUCUUCCUCUUCCCCAACCAGACCGGCUUCCCUAACAAGCACAGCCGCUUCAACGUCUAUUGCUUCAGAGACUCUGCCCAGCCCUCUACCAUCCCUGAGGACUCCAACCCAUCCUCUGACCCAGCUUCUGAUGGACUGGAGGCCAUUGUAACAGUGACAGAGACCCUGGAGGAACUGCAGCUGCCUCAGGAAGCUGUGGAGAGUGAGUCCCGAGGAGCCAUCUACUCCAUCCCCAUCAUAGAGGAUGGAGGAGGUGCAAGCUCCACUCCAGAAGACCCAGCAGAGGCCCCUAAAACCCUUCAAGAAUUCGAACCCCAAUCCAUUGUACCUCCCAUGGGGUCAUCAGAAGAGGAAGGCAAGGCAAUGGAGGAAGAAGAGAAAUACAAGGAUGAAAAAGAAAAAGAGGAGGAGGAAGAAGAGGAGGAUGUGGAGGAUGAGGACCUGUGGGCCUGGCCCAGCGAGCUCAGCAGCCCGGACCCAGAAGUCCCUCUCCCCAGUGAGCUGGACCUGGAGGACUCACUCUCCCAGGCCUCCCAGUCACCGGCCGUCCUACACCCCGGUGCAUCACCACCUCCCAAUGGAGAGCCAGAGGCUCCCAGGCCGCCAAGGGUCCUAGGACCACCCACUGAGACCCUGCCCACUCCCAGGGAGGGGAGCCUGGCUUCACCUUUCACUCCCAUUGGGGCAAGAGAGGUGGGGGAAGAGACUGGGCGUCCUGAGCUGUCGGGGGUCCCUCGAGGAGAGAGCGAGGAGACAGGGAGCUCCGAGGAUGCCCCUGCUCUGCUUCCAGCCACACAGGCCCCUGGGGGUACCAGGGAGCUGGAGGCCCCCGCCAAAGAGAAUUCUGGAAGAAUUGUCCCAGCAGGGACCUCAGUGCAGGCCCAGCCAGUUCUGCCCACUGACAGCACCAGCCAUGGUGGAGUGGCCGUGGCCCCCUCAGCAGGUAACUGUGUCCCCAGCCCUUGCCACAAUGGUGGGACAUGCUUGGAGGAGGAGGAGGGGGUCCGAUGCCUAUGUUUGCCUGGCUAUGGGGGGGACCUGUGCGACGUUGGCCUCCGUUUCUGCAGCCCGGGCUGGGACGCCUUCCAGGGCGCCUGCUACAAGCACUUUUCUACACGGAGGAGCUGGGAGGAGGCGGAGACGCACUGUCGGAUGUACGGCGCGCACCUGGCCAGCAUCAGCACCCCCGAGGAGCAGCGCUUCAUCAACGAUCGAUACCGGGAGUACCAGUGGAUUGGGCUCAAUGACAGAACGAUCGAAGGCGAUUUCCUGUGGUCAGAUGGCGUCCCCCUGCUCUAUGAGAACUGGAACCCCGGGCAGCCCGACAGCUACUUCCUGUCCGGAGAGAACUGCGUCGUCAUGGUGUGGCACGAUCAGGGACAAUGGAGCGACGUGCCUUGCAACUACCACCUGUCCUACACCUGCAAGAUGGGGCUGGUGUCCUGUGGGUCCCCACCAGAGCUGCCCCUGGCUCAACUGUUCGGCCGCCCGAGGCUGCGCUAUGAGGUGGACACGGUGCUUCGUUACCGGUGCCUGGAGGGGCUGGCCCAGCGCAACCAGCCACUGAUUCGCUGCCAGGAGAAUGGUCGCUGGGAGGCCCCCCAGAUCUCCUGUGUGCCCCGCAGGCCGUCUCGAGCUCUGCACCCCAGGAAGGCCCUAGAAGGACGUCAGCAGAGGCUACUGGGGCGCUGGACCCCUCCUUCCAGUCCUGUUCCAGCUCCCUAAGAAGCAAGGCCUUGGAUACUGCUGCCCCCAGCACUGCCCUCAUGCCCCACCAUGGGAAGUGACAACAUGAGAGGGGUAGAGCUGGAGUCCAGGUGACAGUGCCUGAAGGGGCUUCUGGGAAAUACCUGGGCAGCUGCAGACCAGCCUAGGCCCUUUCACCCCCACACUGAGCAUCAGGUUUUCCCUCAGGGCCUUGAGUUGUCCCUAAGUGCCUCAACUGCCCCCUCCUCGCCAGCCAUCCUGUCCCCUCCAUUCCCCUGGGGGGCUCUGGGGCCACUCAUUCUCUAAGGGAAUGAGUUUUCAGGAUGGCAUACCUGUAAAACCAGCAGGAAAUAAAGCUGCAUUUGAGUCCAAGC